AUGACUGAUUUGGAAAACCAAAUGGAAAUGAUAAAACAAGGUACGCACCCUGAACUCCUUGCUCGCAUUGAAGAAAUCGAAAAAAGAAAGAAGCAACGAUUGGAGAUGAUAAUGGCCGAAAAAAGAUUUACAGUCCAACUUAUUGAAAAAGAUUAUAAAGCGGAUGAAUUUGUUGCGCAUUGUGAAUUCAAUUCAGAAAAAAGAAAAUUUAAAAAAAGAAAACUAGAAGAAUUAGAGGAUUUAAGGUGUAGAAUCAAGACAGAAAAACGACGAAUAGAUGUUUUGGAUGAAGAAGAUUAUGUUAUACCUAACCGUGAACGACUUGUGAAACGAAGAAGGACAAAAGAAAUUACUUACAAACCCCGUUAG